AUCUCCUACAAAGGAUGUGCUACACAGCUCUUUUUCUUUCUCUUCUUUAUUGUGGCAGAGUUUUAUCUCCUGACCAUCAUGUGCUACGACCGCUACGUGUCCAUCUGCAAACCCCUGCACUACGGGACCCUCCUGGGCAGCAGAGCUUGUGCCCACAUGGCAGCAGCUGCCUGGGCCAGUGCCUUUCUCUAUUCGCUGCUGCACACAGUCAAUACAUUUUCCCUGCCCCUGUGCCAUGGCAAUGUCCUGGGCCAGUUCUUCUGUGAAAUCCCACAGAUCCUCAAACUCUCCUGCUCAAAUUCCUCACUCAGGGAACUGGGGCUGCUUGCAGUUAGUGCCUGCUUGCUAUUUGGUUGUUUUGUUUUCAUUGUUUUCUCCUAUGUGCAGAUCUUCAGGGUCGUGCUGAGGAUCCCCUCUGAGCAGGGACGGCACAAAGCCUUUUCCACCUGCCUCCCUCACCUGGCUGUGCUCUCCCUGUUUGUCAGCACUGGUACAUUUGCCUACCUGAAGCCCCCCUCCCUCUCCUCCCCAUCCCUGGAUCUGGCCCUGUCAGUUCUGUACUCAGUGGUGCCUCCAGCCCUGAACCCCCUCAUCUACAGCCUGAGGAACCAGGAGCUCAAGUGUCUCCCUUGA